AUGUGGCCAACAUCUCUAUCAUCGUCACUCUAUCUUGUUCUCCAAGGACUUGACUCUAAUUCACCUUUCUGUCGAGCGUUUCCUGGAGACGAAUCGUGGCCAACAGAGGACAUGUGGAAUGCUUUGAACGCUUCGAUAGACGGAAGGUUGAUCAAGACCGUCCCUGUAGGCAGCCCAUGUCAUGAUCCUCACUACGAUAAAAACGCAUGCAAGCACGUUCAACAGAAUUGGCAUCAGACAGAAAUGCAUAUUUCUCAUCCAUCCUCGAUUAUGGACGCCGUAUUUUUGAACAAGAGUUGUGAUCCGUUUACCCCAAGAGAAUCUCCGUUAAACGUAUCGGAGCCCAUCCAUGUCAUGAAGACAGUUGAAUUUUCCAAGAAACACAACAUGCGGUUUGUGGUGAAAAAUACUGGCCACGACUACAUGGGGCGCUCCACCGGAGCCGGAGCUAUAUCCGUAUGGAUGCACCAUCUCAAGGAAAAGGAGUGGUUUGAUAGCUACUCAUCUCCGGGAUACACUGGUCCUGCCAUGAAGGUACAAGCCGGCGUACAAGGUGCAGAGGUCAAUGCUGAAGCCACGAAACACGGACAUCUGAUAGUCGCAGGGGAGUGUCCGUCUGUAGGGUUUGCGGGAGGAUAUAUUCAAGGAGGCGGGCACUCUACGCUAAGUUCGGUUCUUGGGAUGGCAGCUGAUCAUACUCUCGCGUUCGAAGUAAUUACCACAACAGGCGAAUUUGUUACAGCUUCUCCGACAGAAAAUUCAGAUCUAUAUUGGGCCUUGAGCGGUGGGGGAGGCGGAACGUACGGUGUAGUCUGGUCUGUCACAGUCAAAGCCCAUCCGGACAUACCGGUGACCAAGGCGCGGCUAUUUUUCUCUUCGGAAGAGAUUUCUCGCGACACCUAUUGGGAGGCUAUCACUGCUUACCAGCAAAUAAUACCAUCUAUCCUUGACACUGGUUCUUUCCUCGACUCGACUUACGAUGUCAACAAAUUCCGCAUGGAUCCUCUGAUAGGACCCAAUGUUUCUUCGUCGACAGUUAUGUCUGUUCUGAGACCAUGGCUGUCUACACUCGAUUCUCUUGGGAUCAAAUACGAGUUCAGCUUGACUGAGCACGCGAAAUAUGUUGAGGCCGUAGCAGGCUACGAUAAUUUCGACAUAAUGGGAUAUCAACUUGGGGGAAGACUACUUCCGAGAACGCUGUUUGAAACGACGGAGGGAUUUUCAGAGUUCAUGCAGACAAUCAGGGACAUUGUAGAGGGUGGAGCCUAUGUGUGGGAUAUUGGGCUUAGGCCGUCAUGGGAAGCAGGAGGGUACUCAGACAACGCUAUCCAUCCGGAGUGGAGAAAAGCCGAGAGGAUGUAUAAUCCGGUUCUAUUUUUUGACGAUGACGAUCCUUUAGAACGGAUAUGGGACGAUCAAAGACGAAUAAGUGUUUUGUUUGACGAGCCAUUGAAGAAAUUAAGUGCGAGUGGUGGGGCUUAUGCUAACGAGGCCGAUCCCUUUGCUCCGGACUGGAAAGCCGCGUUCUACGGUGAACACUAUGACCGCCUGCUGUCUAUAAAGGACAAAUGGGAUCCAGAGCAGCUCUUAUAUGGAACUAUCGCGGUCGGAGGUGAUCGUUGGGAAGUUAUCGAGGAUGGGAGAUUGUGUAAAUCUAUAUGA